CUUUUCCUUACCCUGCCCAGAGCUUUGUUUCUCCUCAGGCUCACACAAGACUCCAGGAAGGAAACCAGGAUGGAUUACAGCUCAUUCAGUGGAGUUCCCCGAUUCUUGACCCGGCCUAAGGCGUUUAUAGUGUCUGUGGGGAAGGAUGCCACCUUGAGCUGCCAGAUCAUUGGAAACCCCAUCCCAGCUGUGAGCUGGGAAAAGGAUAAACUUCCAGUUCAGUCUGGGGGAAGGUUUAAAACCACAGAAGAUGGGGAUCUGUAUCAGCUAACCAUCUAUGAUCUGAGCCUGGAGGACAGUGGCCAAUACAUCUGCCGGGCCAAAAACACCAUCGGUGAAGCUUUUGCAGCUGUCAGCAUCAAAGUUGGAGAAGAGACCACAGUAACGGAGUCAGCCCCAUACUUCAUCCAGAAACCCUCCUCCAUCAAAGUAACGCUGGGAGAAGACGCCAUGUUCAAAUGUAAAAUCCAGGGCAGUCCUCCCCUCUACGUGAACUGGGAGAAGGAUGGGAAACACGUGCGGAACCGGGCUGAUGCUGGGCGCUUCCAGAUUGAGUCUGCUGGGGAGUCAAACGCUCUUACUAUCCAAUGUGCCCGGCUGGGGGACAGCGGCACUUAUACCUGCAGGGCAGAGAAUCCCAUCGGCUCUGCCAGCGCAUCAGCCGCGCUGGUGGUGGAAAAGCAGGGCUCUUCCAACCCAGGCAGCAGCAGCCACUUUGAUACCAGCUGCGGCAAGACGACAUCCUUGUUGUCUCACUUGCAAAAGAGGCGGGAGGAGAUCAGGAAGAUGGACACCUCCCACGGGACUCUUGAUUCAGUGUCUGCUCAGUCUUACUCCAUGACAGAAGGGUUGUCUAGCAUUGGCUACAGCCUCUCCCGGGAUUACGAGAGGGCGGCUGGACUCACCGCCAAAGGGGCCCGCAAUGCGCCUUUUGGGUCGCUGACACGCGUGUGCAGUGUGACGGAGGGCAAGCACGCCAAGCUGAGCUGCUACGUGACAGGUGAACCCAAGCCAGAGAUUGUGUGGAAGAAGGACAAUGAGGUCAUUUUGGAAGGGCGGCGGCAUGUCAUCUAUGAGGAUGAUCAGGAGAGCUUUGUGCUGAAGAUCCUCUUCUGCAAGCAGGUAGACAAUGGGCUGUACACCUGCACAGCAUCCAACCUGGCAGGCCAGACAUACAGCUCUGUGCUUGUCACCGUCAAAGAACCCUCGCUACCUUUCAAGGAAAAACUGAAGGAUCUUGAAGUGAGGGAGAAGGAAUCUGCCACCUUCCAAUGUGAAGUGCCUGUUCCUAGUACAGAGACAUCUUGGUUCAAGGAAGAAACCAAACUCCAGCAGAGCAAGAAAUACAACAUUGAAGAAGAGGGCACGUAUCGCCGUCUCACUGUCCAGGACAUCACCGCAGACGAUGAUGCUGUUUACAUCUGUGAGAUGAAAGAAGGGAGCAGGACUAUCGCGGAGUUGUCUGUCCAAGGGAACAUCAUUAAGAAACUUCCACGAAAGACUGCGGUCUUCAUAAAUGAUACAGCCAUCUUCUGUGUGGAGCUGGACAAUGACUGCCAGAACAUCCGAUGGCUGAAAAAUAAAGAAGAAGUGAAGUCCAGUGAUCGAAUCUCUAUCACACGCUCUGGCAAGCAACAUGCCAUGAUCAUUCGAGAGUGUAAGAUGGAAGAUGCUGGUGAAAUUGCCUUCCUGGCUGAUGAAAGCAGGACUACUACCCAGUUCACCGUGACCACUCCCAAAAAACCUCCCACCCAACCCCCAGCUGACCCUGUGGUGAAAAAUAAAACAGAAACCUCAGUGACACUAGCAUGGUCCCCUCCAAAGAUGGACAGACCCAUUCCAGUCGACGGCUACAUCGUGGAAUGCAAGAAACUAAGUGGCUUAACCUGGGUGACGUGCCAUGAGUCUCAUGUCACUGGCUCAGAGUAUACUGUGAGCAACCUGUUGGAAGAGGCUGACUAUCAGUUCAGAGUGUCUGCAGUCAAUGCCUAUGGACAGGGCCCCUGCCUGGAGUUCCCGGGGAGCAUGCACCUUGAACCAGUCCCAGCUGUGAAAACACCCUUGACAACUGUUGAAGCUGUACCUGGAGGAGAUGCCGUGUUUACUCUUGACCUUACAACGAUAUGUUCCGGCACUUGGUAUCUUAGUGGCAAAGUCUUACAGGAAAGUGAGACCUAUGUCAUUAAGAGAACCCAAACUACUCACACCCUAAUCAUAAAAAAUGUUACCAAGAAUGACGAUGGAGCAGAAGUGAAAUUUGUUGCCAAUAACAUUGACACCGGCACUAAGAUGAGAGUGAAAGGGGCUGCAGUGAGAUUUACCAACAAGAGCAGAGAUGUAGAAAAGGUCUCUGCUCGGCUGCGGGAGGAAGCCAAACUUCAGGCUGAGCUUUCAGAUGCAGACGCUACUGUGAAGUGGAUGAAGGACGGCAAAGAGCUUAAGGCCAGUGAAAAAUAUGAACUCCAAACUGUGGGGAAGAGGCACAUCCUGAAAAUUUGCAACACUGCAGCAGAGGAUGCUGGAGUUUACGAGUGUAUCUGUGAAGGGGAUAAAAUGCUCUAUCGGCUUUCAGUGGAAGCACUUGCAAACUUCAUAAACAAAGAGAAAAGUGGAGGAGUUAUCAGAGCCAUCAUUGGAAAACAGGCUGAAUUUGUUUCUGAGACCUCUGAGGCCAACGUCAUGGUUAAGUGGUACAAAAAUGGCAAAGAAAUCGCAGCCAGCAAGAAAUUCACCAUGGAAGAUAAAGGAAAACUGCAUAAGCUUGUGGCAUCUGCUGUGACGAAAGAAGAUGAAGGAACAUACACAUGCAAAAUUGGAGAUGACACUCUUACUUUUGAUUUAAAAGUCUCAGAUGAAGUUGUUAAUUUUGUCAACAAGCCCAAAACAAGGCCAGAAAUAUCAGUCAAUUCUUUUGACAACCUUGAGCUGGUGUGUGAGGUGUCUGCUGCAAGCGGAGCCGUGGUAUGGAAGAAGGAUCAAAGGGAGGUGAAGCAGGACCAGAGGACAGCAAUCGUCUCCCAGGGGACACACCACAAGCUCAUCAUCAAGAAGGUGACACAGCAAGACCAAGGGAGCUACACCUGUGAAACGAAGGAUGACAAAAUAACAUUCCAAGUCAAAGUCAGAGAGACAGAAGACGUGUUUACAAACAAAGACAAACUGAAGAAAGAGGUGAAAGCUGCACUAUCAGAAAACGCCACGCUGAGCUGUGAGGUGGCCCAGGAGAAAACUGAUGUGAAAUGGUACAAGGAGGGCAAACUGAUCACCUCCAGCAAGAAGUUCAAGGUGGAGUCAGAGGGCAAAUCUCGUCGCCUGGUGGUGGGUCAGCUGGAGAAGAAAGAUGCUGGGGAGUACACCUGUGAGGCUGCUGGCCAGAAACUGACCUUCAAGAUCACUGUCACAGAAGCAGAGGAUGCGUUUAUCAACAAAGAGAAACUGAAGAAAGAUGUGAAAGCUGCACUAUCAGAAAAUGCCACGCUGAGCUGUGAGGUGGCCCAGGAGAAAACUGAUGUGAAAUGGUACAAGGAGGGCAAACUGAUCACCUCCAGCAAGAAGUUCAAGGUGGAGUCAGAGGGCAAAUCUCGUCGCCUGGUGGUGGGUCAGCUGGAGAAGAAAGAUGCUGGGGAGUACACCUGUGAGGCUGCUGGCCAGAAACUGACCUUCAAGAUCAAUGUCACAGAGCCAGAAGUUGUAUUUACAAACAAAGAGAAGGUGCAGAAAGAGGUGAAAGCUGCACUAUCAGAAAAUGCCACGCUGAGCUGUGAGGUGGCCCAGGAGAAGACUGAUGUGAAAUGGUACAAGGAGGGCAAACUGAUCAGCUCCAGCAAGAAGUUCAAGGUGGAGUCAGAGGGCAAAUCUCGUCGCCUGGUGGUGGGUCAGCUGGAGAAGAAAGAUGCUGGGGAGUACACCUGUGAGGCUGCUGGCCAGAAACUGACCUUCAAGAUCGAUGUCACAGAACCUUAUCUCUUGGGGCAUUGAUUCAUUUUUCUUCAGAAAUGAUGAUGCAUUGCUCUCAGACUGUAUCAAGGGCCGUGUCCAAUAUGAGUGUAUCUUAGCUGUGAGUGGAACCAUUCCAAAAUGACAGAGCUGUGAGAAGGUCUUAUAAUCAGGAUUUUGCAUUUGACUGUGAGCUUUUUGGACAACAUGAACACACCUGUGAUUUUUAAAUUUCUUCUCCCACCCACAGAAGCAGAGGAUGCGUUUAUCAACAAAGAGAAACUGAAGAAAGAGGUGAAAGCUGCACUAUCAGAAAAUGCCACGCUGAGCUGUGAGGUGGCCCAGGAGAAAACUGAUGUGAAAUGGUACAAGGAGGGCAAACUGAUCACCUCCAGCAAGAAGUUCAAGGUGGAGUCAGAGGGCAAAUCUCGUCGCCUGGUGGUGGGUCAGCUGGAGAAGAAAGAUGCUGGGGAGUACACCUGUGAGGCUGCUGGCCAGAAACUGACCUUCAAGAUCAAUGUCACAGAGCCAGAAGUUGUAUUUACAAACAAAGAGAAGGUGCAGAAAGAGGUGAAAGCUGCACUAUCAGAAAAUGCCACGCUGAGCUGUGAGGUGGCCCAGGAGAAGACUGAUGUGAAAUGGUACAAGGAGGGCAAACUGAUCAGCUCCAGCAAGAAGUUCAAGGUGGAGUCAGAGGGCAAAUCUCGUCGCCUGGUGGUGGGUCAGCUGGAGAAGAAAGAUGCUGGGGAGUACACCUGUGAGGCUGCUGGCCAGAAACUGACCUUCAAGAUCAAUGUCACAGAAGCAGAAGAUGCAUUUGUCAACAAGGAGAAGGUGCAGAAAGAGGUGAAAGCUGCACUAUCAGAAAAUGCCACGCUGAGCUGUGAGGUGGCCCAGGAGAAGACUGAUGUGAAAUGGUACAAGGAGGGCAAACUGAUCAGCUCCAGCAAGAAGUUCAAGGUGGAGUCAGAGGGCAAAUCUCGUCGCCUGGUGGUGGGUCAGCUGGAGAAGAAAGAUGCUGGGGAGUACACCUGUGAGGCUGCUGGCCAGAAACUGACCUUCAAGAUCGAUGUCACAGAAGCAGAGGAUGCGUUUAUCAACAAAGAGAAACUGAAGAAAGAGGUGAAAGCUGCACUAUCAGAAAAUGCCACGCUGAGCUGUGAGGUGGCCCAGGAGAAAACUGAUGUGAAAUGGUACAAGGAGGGCAAACUGAUCACCUCCAGCAAGAAGUUCAAGGUGGAGUCAGAGGGCAAAUCUCGUCGCCUGGUGGUGGGUCAGCUGGAGAAGAAAGAUGCUGGGGAGUACACCUGUGAGGCUGCUGGCCAGAAACUGACCUUCAAGAUCAAUGUCACAGAGCCAGAAGUUGUAUUUACAAACAAAGAGAAGGUGCAGAAAGAGGUGAAAGCUGCACUAUCAGAAAAUGCCACGCUGAGCUGUGAGGUGGCCCAGGAGAAGACUGAUGUGAAAUGGUACAAGGAGGGCAAACUGAUCAGCUCCAGCAAGAAGUUCAAGGUGGAGUCAGAGGGCAAAUCUCGUCGCCUGGUGGUGGGUCAGCUGGAGAAGAAAGAUGCUGGGGAGUACACCUGUGAGGCUGCUGGCCAGAAACUGACCUUCAAGAUCGAUGUCACAGAGCCCAAACCUGCAUUUAUAAACCAGGAACAAGUCCAAAAGGAGGUAAACGCUGUCCUGACAGAAAGUGCCACCCUCAGCUGUGAGGUAGCACAGGAUGCAACCGAAGUGAAAUGGUUUAAGGAUGGAAAACUGCUCAUUACCUCCAGAAAAUUCAAAAUAGAAUCUGUGGGCAAAACCCGACGCCUUGUCAUAGGGCAGCUGGAGAAGAAAGAUGCUGGAGAAUAUAUCUGUGAGGCUGCAGGCCAGAAGCUGACUUUCAAGUUGAAACCAACUGAACCAGAGGCUAAAUUUGAAAAUAAAGUCAUCCAGAAAGAGCCUCUCAUUGUUCAAGAAUAUGAAAAUAUCACACUGACUACUUCAGUAACUCCUGAAACUACUGCGGUAAGGUGGUUCAAGGAUGGAACAGAAAUCAAGGCGAGCAAGAAAUAUGAGAUCAAGAGUGAGGGGGCAUCCAGGACCCUGACAGUGAACCUGGCUGAGAGCACAGACAGUGCCGUGUACACAUGUCAGACAAAGAGUGACAAGCAAGAAUUCAAAGUACAGGUGAAAGAAAUCCCAGUGAAGUUUGUCAAAAAGCUUGAAGCUGUUAAUGCAGAGAUUGGAGGCAGCAUCUCUUUGACCUGUGAUGUGAGCCAUGCCAAAGGGAAGGUGGUGUGGCGCAGGAACAAAGUAGAGAUCAAGCCCAGCAAGCAUUUCCAGAUUCAUGAGGAGGGGGUCAAGCGAACCCUGACAAUAACAGGGAUCCGGGCUGAGGAUGAGGGAGAAUACUCAUGCGAGUCCAGAGAUGACAAGAGCACCAUUACCAUCACCCCCAAAGCUCCCAGAGUGGUGAAAUUUGUUACCAGUCUCAUCAGUGUGGUCUCUGAGGAAGGAAAAGAAGCUGUAUUCAAGUGCACUGUCUCUCCCAGUGAUGCCAUGGUCAUUUGGAUCAGGAACGGUGUCAAGAUUGAAGCCAGCAAGAAGUAUGUGAUCUCACAGAAGGACGCCAACCACAGCCUCACCAUCACUGACCUGACACUGGAAGAUGCAGCUGAAAUCUCUGCUAAUGCUGAGGGUGUAGAAAGCACAGCCAAUCUCAGAGUCCGAGAGGCCCCGAUCUCAUUCAAGAAGAAACUGGAGCCCAAAACAGUUGAAGAGAAGGACACAGUGACCUUGGAGGUAGAGCUGACCAAACCUGCAGAGGUGAAGUGGAUGAGGAACAACAUCGUAUUGAAGCCUAGUGAAAAAAUAGAGAUCAAAGCUGAGGGAACAAAACAUAUCUUGGUAGUUAAGGACAUCUCCUUUGCAGACCGGGGCUUCUACUGCUGUGAGAGUCCUGAUGACAAGACCCAAGCUAAGAUCAAUGUGGAAAUGAGGCAGAUCAAGCUGGUGAAAGGUCUUCAGCACUUGGAAGUCUCUGAGAAAGGGACUGUGACCUUUGAGGUGGAAGUGUCACAUGAGGAUGUGGAAGGGACCUGGCAGAAGGAUGGUGUUCGGUUGAACCCUGCACUGAAUAUCAGUAUUGGUGUCCUGGGGAAGAAACAUUCACUGACUCUUUCUUCGGUGACCCUUGAAGAUGCAGGACUCAUCUCCUUCAAAGCAGAAGGCAUUUUUUCAUCAGGGAGGCUCACUGUGUCAGAAUUGCCUGCGAGAAUCAGCAAACCUUUGGUAGACAUCAGUGUAACUCAUAAGGACAAAGUCACAUUUGAGUGUGAGCUGUCCAAGCCCAACGGAGAUGUUAAGUGGUUCAAGGAUGGGAAGGAGCUCCGACAAAGUAAAAAAGUGGGGAUUAUUUCCCAGGGAACUAAGAGAAGCCUUAUUAUUCACAAGUGUGAAUAUGAAGACCAGGGAACCUAUAUGUGUGAAGUAGCUGAAGAGAAGACAUCUGCUACACUAAAGGUUCAUGCCCGAAAUAUCAAGAUUGUUAAACCACUGGAAGAUGUGGAAGUGAAUGAAUUCGAGAGCGCAUCUUUCGUCUGUGAGAUUUCACAUGAUGAGGUCCAAACCCAAUGGUACAAAAAUGACAACAAGCUGAAGGCUGCUGACAAUAUUAGAAUGCGUCAGGAUGGAAAGACUUACUCACUGACUUACACAUGCGUCCAAGUCAAAGAUGCAGCAGAAAUCAAAUUUGUAGCAGAAAAGGCAGAAUCUCGUGCUCAGCUUACAGUAAAAGAGUUGCCUGUAAAAAUUGUGAAGCCUUUGAGAGAUAAGAUUGUUCUUGAAAAACAUCGGGGAUUCCUGGAGUGCCAGGUGUCUCGUGCCAAUGCUAAAGUUCGAUGGUACAAAAAGGACGUUGAAAUUCACCCUAGUGACAAAUACGAAAUUGUGAGCAAUGAUGUCUAUCGGAAACUCAUCAUCAACAAUGCAGAUUAUGAAGAUGAGGACAUAUACACUUGUGAUGCCUUUGAUGACAAAAGCAGUGCUAAUUUCUUUGUUGAAGAGCAAGCCAUUAAUAUUGUAAAGGAGUUGUGUGAUGAGGAUGUGACUGAGCCUGAAGAAGCCAAGUUUGAAUGCGAGAUAUCCAUUCCAUCUGUGAAACCCCCUAAAUGGUCUCUGCGUGGAGAAGUUUUACAGUCAGGCAGAAACAUUAUCAUGCAUCAAGGAGGCACCAUCCACAAGCUGACAAUACUGAAAACAAGUACUGAUAUGACAGGUGUCAUUCAGUUCUCCAUUGGAAAAUCAAAAUCUACAGCAAACCUGCUUGUCAGAGAUUACCACAUCCAGAUCACUAGGAAGAUGGAGGACAAGACAGCUCUGGAGCGCCAUUCAGUUAUCCUGUCUUGCGACUUCAGGCCUUCUCCAAAGGUUGUGAAAUGGUUCAAGGGCCACGAGCCCAUCGAGCCCUCUGAGAAGUACAAAAUCAAGCGGGAGGAAUAUUCAGCAGAGCUCAGGAUUUUGAAGGUGAAGCCUGAAGAUGCUGGUGUGUACAAGUGCAGGGCUGGAAGUGCAGAGACUGAAGCCACACUCACUGUUGAAGCCCGCAAUGUAGAAGUACGCAAACACUUGCAGGACGUGGAAAUUGAAGAAGAGAGCUCCGCUGUCUUCUCCUGUGAGCUCUCCCAUGAUGAUGAGGAUGUGGAAUGGUUCCUCAACGGCACCCUCCUUUACACCAAUAAUUUCAAUGACAUCAAGAACAUUGGCAAUUGCUACAUGCUGACAAUGAAGCAGGUCAAGCCUGAGGAUGCUGGCACAGUGACAAUGAAGUCAGACAAAGUGACAGAGAGCGUGCAUCUGAAGGUGAUAGAGAAGCCUGCUGUCUUCAUGAAGUCAUUGGACGAUGUUUUUGGUGAAGAGCGAGGCAUGAUUAAACUGGAAUGUGAAGUCUCUAAAGAGAAGGUCAAACCUGUUUGGAAGAAGGAUGGUGUGAAGCUCACCUCUGAUAACAAGUAUGAGCAGAUACAGUCUGGGAAGACCCUGUGCCUCCUUAUCCAUGACCUUGAAAAGACAGACGCAGGUUUAUACACCUGUGAUAUUGGCACUGAUGUUGCCAAGUCAAAGGUCAGCGUUCAGGAACUGAACAUUGGCAUCACCAAACGGCUGAAGAACACUGAAAUCCAGGAGGGAGAAGAUUGCACUUUUGAAUGUGUUCUGUCCCAUGAAAGCAUUGAUGACUUCAACUGGACACUGAAUGGGAACAAAGUGGAAAGUGAAGGGCGAUUUAAAGCUUCUAACAUGGGUCGAAAAUACACACUCAGUAUCAAAAGUGUGAUUCUUGAUGAUGCAGGGGAAGUCAUUUUUACUGCCCGUGGUCUAACCUCCAAGGCUUCUCUGGUUGUGAAAGAAAAACCCACUGAGGUUACAAAGCAGCUGGAGGAUAGAACAGCAGCAGAAGGGCAGGACAUCAGCCUGAGCUGUGAAUUGUCAAAACCUGAUGUGAACAUCAGGUGGUACAAGGAUGGCAAAGCAAUCCGAAAAAGUCAGAAAUAUGACUUGCACCAAGAAGGAACACGGGCUGUUCUGAUCAUCCAUGACUCCAUGGUCAAGGACAGUGGGGAGUACACUUGUGAGACAGAGGUCUCUAAAACGAAAGCCAGGAUCACAGUGCAAGAAAAACCCAAUUAUUUUGUCAAAGAACUUUCAGAUCUGAAAGUCGAUGAAAGUGGAACUGCAGUCUUUGUGUGCCAGAGUGAGAAAGCUGCAUCCUCUGUGGUCUGGAGGAAAGGCAUGGCUGAACUCAGGGCUGGCAGGAAAUAUGAGAUCACACAGAAAGCACAAGUCCUCCAGUUGACCAUAAAAAACUUGGAGAAAAGUGACAGUGACACUUACACCUGCGACAUUGGAGAUGCCCAGUCCAGGGCCAAGCUAGUCGUGCAAGGCCAGAAAGUGCUAAUAACAGAAGACCUGGAAGAUGUCACUGUGUUAGAAGGAGAAUCUGCCAUGUUCAAAUGCAGAAUCUCUCCUGUAGACUAUAGCAAAGUGCAGUGGUUUUUGGAUAAAACCCCGCUCCAUACCAAUGAACUUAAUGACAUCCAGUCUCAGCCUGGUGGAUAUCACUUGCUAACGUUGAAAAAACUCUCACUGAAGGACUCGGGGGUCAUUACAUUUGAAGCUGGUGAUAAGAAAACAUCUGCCAGUUUGGUUGUUAAAGAGAAGCCCUGCAUCUUCACAAAGGAGCUGGUUGAUACUGAAGUCACUGAGGGAGAGGAUGUGAUCCUUCACUGUGAAACCUCCAAAUCAGACAGCCCUGUAAAGUGGUGCAAAGAUGGGAAAAGCCUUAGGAAUUCUUCCAAGUAUAACAUCAGUCGGUUGGGAUUUGAAGCCAAGCUUGUCAUUCACAGGGCAGAAGAAAGAGACAGUGGCAGAUAUGAGUGUGAGGCUGGAGCAGCUAAAAGUAGCGCGAUUAUUACUGUCAAGGAAAUACCAGUUCUUUUCAAACAAGAGCUCCAAAAUGAAGAAGCUAAAGAAGGAAAACAAGUCAGGCUGACCUGUGAGCUCAGCAAACCUGAUACUCCAGUGAAAUGGAUGAAAGGAGACACCGUUCUCUGUGCCAGUGAGAAGUAUGAAUUUAAGCAGCAUGGUACUGUGGCAGAGCUCAUUAUUCGAGAUGUCAAAUCGAUAGAUUCUGGAGACUACACCUGUAGCACGGGGGAACAGAAGACCACUGCUCGGGUGAAAGUAAAUGCUGUGCCUGUCCUUUUCAAACAAGCUUUGGAGAACACAGAAAUGGAAGCAGGAAAAUCUGUCUCCUUACGUUGUGAACUCACAAAAGCUGAUGCCACUGUGCUGUGGAAGAAGGGAGAAGCCACGCUCCAGGCAAGUGCCAAAUAUGAAAUGAAGCAGAAGGGGAUGGUGGCAGAGCUGGUGAUUCAUAAUGCAGAGCCAGAAGAUGCGGGAAGAUACACCUGCGACACAGGAGACCAGCAGACCACAGCCCAAGUCAAAGUCCAUGCUGUCUCCGUCCUGGUCAAAGAAGAGCUGAAGAAUGUAGAAGCUGUGGAAGGUGGGACAGCCACCCUGCGAUGCCAGCUGAGCAGAGAGGCCCCUGUGGAGUGGAGGAAGGGGCACACUCUUCUCCGGCCAAGUAACAAGUACAAGAUGAGGCAGGAGGGCACAGUGGCUGAGCUGCUGAUCCAUGAUCUGGACCUAAAGGAUGCUGGAGACUAUACAUGUGUAGUGGGGAACCAAAAAACCACAGCAGCUUUGUCAGUGAAUGCCCUGCCAGUCCGUUUCAAGAAAGAGCUGAAGAAUGAGGAAGCCACCGAGAGUGGGACGGCCACGCUGCAGUGCGAACUAAGCCAGGCAGUGGGCUCGGUCGAGUGGAGGAAGGAAGGGAAGGUGCUGAUGCCAGAUAGCAAAUACAAAAUGAGACGGGAAGGGCGUUUUGUUGAGCUGGUUAUCCAAGACCUAGACUUGAUGGAUGCUGGGAGCUAUACCUGCGUGUGUGGAGACCAGAAGACAACAGCUGCUUUGAGAGUGAAUGCCUUGCCUAUCCUCUUCCAAGAAGAAAUGUUGAACAAGGAAGCUACAGAGGGCGAGGCAGUCACUUUGCACUGUAAACUGAGCAAAUCAGCCCCGGUUGAGUGGAGAAAGGGGAAUAUGGUCCUCAAACCAAGUGAAAAAUAUAAAAUAGAGCAGGAAGGUCCCUUUGUGGAGCUGAUGAUCCGGGAUUUGGAUUUGGCAGACGCUGGUGAUUACAGCUGUGUGUGCGGAGAUCAACAGACUACAGCUGCUUUGGUGGUUAAUGUUCUGCCUGCUCUUUUCACCAAAGAACUGACAGAUGAAGAAGCCACAGAAGGUAAAACUGUCUCUCUGCACUGUGAGCUGAACAAGGCGGCUGCUAAUGUGGAGUGGAAGAAGGGACUCAAGACCCUCAAAUCAAGUGACAAAUACAAAAUGAAACGUGAAGGUGUUGUUGCUGAGCUUAUAAUCAAAAAUCUAGACACAACGGAUGCUGGAAAUUAUUCCUGUGUGUGCGGAGACCAGCAGACUAUGGCAGUUUUAACAGUACAUGCUUUGCCUGCAUUUUUUAAAGAAGGAUUGAAGAACAGAGAAGCCACAGAUGGUGCAACAGCCACUCUGCACUGUGAGCUGAGCAAGGUCGGUGUCCCAGUGGAGUGGAAAAAAGGGGACAAAACACUCAAACCAGGUGAUAAGUAUAGGAUGAGACAAGAAGAUACUGCUGCAGAGCUGUUGAUCCGAGAUCUGGAGGUGGAAGAUACAGGAGAAUAUACCUGCAUGUGUGGAGAUCAGAAGACCUCAGCUGUCUUGACAGUCCAUGCUUUGCCUGCACUGUUCAAAAAAGAACUUGUCAAUAUAGAAGCCACAGAAAACAAGACAGCUGUUCUACAGUGUGAGCUAACUAAAUCCACUCCAGUGGAGUGGAGGAAAGGGCUAAAGGUCCUCAAGCCCAGUGAGAAGUACAAAAUGAGACUGAAGGAUACCAUGGCUGAGCUGACAAUCCAUAGCCUGGAGGAACAAGAUGCGGGAGAUUACACAUGUGUAUGCGGAGACAAGACGACUACUGCGUCCCUGACAGUGCAUGCCCUUCCUCCACAUUUUAAAAAAGAGUUGAAGAACAUGGAAGCCACAGAAAAUGGCACAGCCACUUUCUGCUGUGAACUGAGCAAGCCCAUAGCUGCCGUGGAAUGGAGGAAAGGAGACAGAGCCCUGGAGACAAAUGACAAGUUCACCACGAAAUGCGAGGGCACAGUUGCUGAGCUGGUGAUCCAUGAUCUAGAUCUGACAGAUGCUGGAGAUUACACAUGCUGUUAUGGAGAUCAGAAAACCACUGCUGCACUAAAAGUGAAUGCCUUGCCUGCACACUUCAAGACAGAGAUGAAGGAUGAAGAAGCCACAGAAGGUGGAACAGCCACUCUACAAUGUGAGCUAUCUAGAGCUGCCUCUGUGGAGUGGAAAAAGAAGGACAAAGUGCUCAAAUCGAGUGAAAAGUAUACUAUGAGGCAGGAAGGUACUACAGCACAGCUGCUGAUCCAUGCUUUAGAAGUCAAGGAUGCUGGGGAAUAUACCUGUGUGUGUGGAGAUAAGAAGACUACUGCAGCACUGACAGUGCAUGCCCUCCCUGCUCUCUUCAAAGAAGAGUUAAGAAAUGAGGAAGCCAUGGAGGGUAAAAUAGUCACUCUGCGCUGUGAGCUGACCAAGACUGCUUCAGUGGAGUGGAAAAGGGGGGACACAGUACUCAAACCUAGUGAGAAGUACAAAAUGAGGCAGAAGGAUGUCACUGCAGAACUGGUGAUCCAUAAUCUAAAUGAGAGUGAUGCUGGUGAUUAUACCUGCAUGUGUGGGGAUGUGCAGUCCACAGCUUCCUUAUCAGUACACGUGCUGCCUGCACGCAUCAAGGAGAGCCUGAAGGAUGAGGAGGUAACAGAAGGUCAAGCAGUCACUCUUUGCUGUGAGCUGACCAAGGUUGCUCAAGUGGAGUGGCGAAAGGGAAGUAGUUUGCUGGAAGUCAGCGACAAAUACAAAAUGAGGCAAGAGGGCACAGUCAUGAAGCUGCUUAUCAAUGAUGUAGAAAUGAAAGAUGCUGGAAAAUACACUUGUGUGUGUGGAGAACAGGAGACUACAGCUGCCUUGAUAGUGCAUGCCCUGCCUGCACUUUUCAAAGAAGAACUGAAGGACCUGCAAGCCAUGGAAAGGCAAACAGCCACUCUGUGCUGUAAGUUGACCAAGGCUGCAGAUGUCCAAUGGAAGAAAGGAAACAAAAUAAUCAGAGCAAGUGAAAAAUACAUCAUGCGGCAGGAUAAUGCCCUUGCUGAGCUGGAAAUUCGUGAUCUGGAGCUGCAGGAUGCAGGAGAUUAUACCUGUGUGUGUGGAGACCAACACACCACAGCUUCUCUGACAGUGAAUGCCCUGCCAGCACUUUUCAAGGAAGAGCUGAAGAAUGAAGAAGUCCAAGAAGGAACAUCAGUCUCUCUGCAUUGUGAAUUAACCAAAGCAGUUCCAGUGCAGUGGAAAAUAGGGUCCAAAGUGCUCAAAGCAAGUGACAAAUUUCAAAUGAGACAGUCUGGCACUACUGCAGAGCUGGUCAUUCAUGAUCUAGAAGUAGAAGAUGCUGGAGAUUAUACCUGUGUCUGUGGUGACCAGAAGACAACAGCAACCUUAACAGUUCAUGCUCUGCCACCACUCUUUAAGGAAGAGCUAAAGGACAAGGAAGCAGAAGAAGGUGGAGAAGCUGCCCUGCACUGCGAGCUUACAAAGGCUGCUCCGGUGGAGUGGCGGAAGGACCAGAGGAUUCUCAAAGCGAGUGGGAAAUUCAAAAUGAGGCAGGAAGGGACAAAGGCAGAACUGGUGAUUCAUGAACUAGCUGAGGAGGAUGCAGGAGACUACACCUGUGUGUGCGGAGACCAGCAGACUACAGCUGUCUUAACAGUACAGGCUGUGCCUCCAUUUUUCCAAGAAGAACUGACCAGCAAGGAAGCAGUAGAAGGUGGAAUGGCCACUUUGCAGUGUGAGCUCAGCAAGACAUCUGCCCUUGUUCAGUGGAAGAAGGGCCAUCGCAUCCUCACCUCGGACAACAAGUACAGCAUGAGACAGGAAGGCUGUGUUGUGAAGCUGGUAGUUCACAAUUUAGACUUGAAUGAUACUGGAGAUUAUACCUGUGUGUGGGGAGACAAGACCACCACAGCUGCCUUAACAGUGCAUGCACUGCCUCCAGAAUUCAAAAAAGACCUGAAGGACCUAGAAGCUGUAGAAAGUGGGACGGCUGCUCUGCUCUGUGAGCUGACUAAACCUGCUGUGGUGGAGUGGAAGAAAGGGCAGGAGGUGCUCAAAGCAAGCAGGAAAUAUAAAAUGAGUCAAGAUGGUGCUGUUACAAAGCUGAUUAUCCAUGAGCUGGAUGUGAAGGACACUGGAGAUUACACUUGUGUGUGUGGGGAUCAGCAGACAACUGCCACUCUGACAGUCAAUGCCCUACCAGCACUUUUUAAACAAGAGCUUCAGAAUACCGAGGCAGAAGGUGGUGGUAAAGCAACACUGCGGUGCGAGCUUACCAAACCAAACACUCCAGUAGAGUGGAGGAAAGGAGAUAUUAUUCUCUACCCUGGUUUGAAAUAUGAGAUGAAGCAGCAGGGUUCUGCUGCUGAAUUGGUCAUUCAUGACUUAAAACUGGAUGAUUCAGGAAAGUACACCUGCAACUCUGGACAUCAGCAGACAACGGCUGUAGUAACUGUACAUGAUAGGUGGAAACUGCCUGUCGUAUUUAAACAACCCCUACAAAAUAAAGAAUCAGAGGAAGGAAGCACAACUACAUUCUGCUGUGAGCUGUCAAAACCCAAUGCUGCAGUGGAAUGGAGGAAAGGAGGAGUAGGGCUGCAGCCCAGCCAGAAAUAUGAAAUGAGGCAGAGGGAAUGCCUAGUAGAGCUCUUAAUACAUAAUCUCAAAUUAGAAGAUACAGGAGAAUACAGCUGUGGUACUGGGGACCAGGAAACCAAGGCAUCUUUAAAUGUGAAAGCUCUGCCAGUUCUUUUCAAAAAGGAGCUGAAAGACAAGGAGGCAGAAGAAGGAGCUGUGGUGAAAUUCCAGUGUGAGCUGACAAAGGAUAAUGCAACAGUGGAGUGGAGGAAAGGCACCAUGGAGAUCUUCCCAUGCGCCAAAUAUGAUAUUAAAUUAAGUGGUCGCACAGCUGAACUUGUGAUUCAUAAUGUAGAACCAGAAGAUGCCUCUGAUUACACAUGUGAUACAGGAGACCAACAGAGCUCAGCGGUCCUCAGAGUGAAUGCCAUCAAACCCCAUCUAAAGCAGCAGCUGAAGAAUGAAGAAGGGGAAGUGGGAGGAACGGCCAGGCUGCGCUGUGAGAUUUCCAUUAGCAAAGCAGCAGUGGAGUGGAGGAAAGAUGGAGUCCUUCUUCACUCAAGCUCCAAGUAUGAAAUGUGGCAGGACGGCACCCUCCAUGAGCUGCGUGUUCAUCGCCUGGAGCCUGGUGAUGCUGGAGAGUAUUCUUGCAAGGCUGGAGAUGAGACGAGCUCUGCAAAACUGACUGUGAAAGAACCUGAUGUGACCAUCGUGAGUGGCCUAAAGGACAUGGUGGUGUUUGAGGGGGAUGAUGUAACGUUUCGGUGCCAAGUUUCUCACGAGAACGCAAGGGAUGUUGAAUGGAAGCUACAGGAUGUUGCUCUGCAAAAUAAUGAAAUGAAUGAGAUCUCAGUGGAAAAAGGAAUGAGUCACACUCUGACAUUAAGAAAGGUGACUGAGCAGGACAUCGGCACUGUGACUUUCCGAGUGGGACCCCACAUGUCAACAGCAGAGCUCAUGGUAAAAGUGCCACCUCCAGUCUUUAAGCAGAAAUUGCAGAGCAUAGAACUGCAGGAAGAAGAAACAGCCAUUCUGUGCUGCGAGGUCUCCCAGGCUAAAGCUGUGGUGAUGUGGAAGAAGGACACUCAGGUGAUUUCCUCAAGCUCCAAGUAUGAAAUCAGGCAGGAAGGAACAAUUCAUACUUUAAAGAUUUAUCACUUAAACCCAGAAGACUCUGGCAAAUAUACCUGUGAUAAUGGAAACGAACAAACAACAGCCACUUUAACUGUUAAAGCUUUGCCAGUAACCUUCACACAACCACUCCAGAACCAGCAAGCUGAAGCAGGUGGCACCAUUACUUUGAGCUGUGAAAUCUCAAAAUCAAAUGCCACUGUGCAGUGGAAGAAGGCCGGGACAGUGCUGCGACCAAGCAACAAAUACAAGAUGCAUCAAGCUGGAUCUAUGGCUGAGCUGACAAUUCACAACCUGAGUGAAGCUGAUGCUGGGGAGUACAUGUGCGACACAGGGGACCAGCAGACCACUGCAUCUGUGCUCGUGAAAGAACCAGCAGCAACCAUAGUGGAGGUGCUGAAGGAUGUCACUUUGCGUGAAGGAGAAGAUGCAGUGUUUGAAUGCAGGCUGUCCCGGGAAACAACUCAGGAGACCCAGUGGUUCCUGGGGGAUGUUCCCCUGCAAUCCAAUGAAAUGAAUGAGAUCAGAGUCCAAGGGACGCGUCACACUUUGAUCCUGAGGAAGGUGACACUAGAAGACUGUGGGCCCAUCAGUUUCAAAGUGGGGCAGCAUACCUCAGCGGCACAGCUAACAGUUCAAGUAGCUCCGGUCACCUUUGUAAAGGCACUCCGCAGCUUGGAGCUACAGGAGGGUGGCACGGCUCACUUGUCCUGCGAAGUGUCCAAGCCUGAUGUCCCAGUGGAGUGGAAGAAAGGCACAUCGGUGAUCCGCUCCAGCCAGAAGUGUAGCAUCAAGCAGGAGGGGAAUGUGCACGUGCUGGUCAUUCACGAUUUGAACCAUGCGGACUCAGGGGAGUAUAGCUGCCACACAGCUGAUGGGAAGACCACUGCCAGGCUAGAGGUUAAAGCCCUGCCUGUGCUUUUCAAAUGCUGGCUGAAAAAUGAGGAGGUGGAGGAAGGGGGCACAGUCAUGCUACACUGUGAGCUGACGAAACCCAACGCACCUGUGGAAUGGAGGAAGGGAGAUAGGGUGCUGCAGUCAAGUGACAAGUAUGAGAUCCGGCAAGAAGGAACACGUGUUGAGCUCUUCAUCUAUGAUGCUGAGGUUCAGGAUGCUGGCGAUUAUACAUGCGACUCGGGGGAUCAGCAGACCACUGCAUCAUUGCAAGUCAAAGUACUACCUGUGCUGUUUAACGAAGAGCUGAAAAACGUAGAGUCUGAAGAAGGCGGAACAGCUGUCUUGCGCUGUGAGAUCUCCAAGCCUGAUGCCCCUGUUGAGUGGAGAAAAGGAGGGGUGGUCAUUCAGCCCUGUGACAAGUACGAGAUGAAGCUGAAAGGCAGAAUUGCUGAGCUGGUCAUCCAUGGUAUAGAGCCUGAUGAUUGUGGGGAUUAUACCUGUAGCACUGGUUACGAGAUCACUACAGCUUCUGUGUAUGUGCAAGAUCCAACCAUUGAAGUGGUCAGUCCCAUGCAGGAUAUAACUGUUGAUGAAGAUGGCACAGCAGAGUUCGUAUGCCAAUAUUCUAGGCCAGUACACGCCAUAUGGAAGAAAAAUGAUCAGGAAAUACAUGCAGAUGGGCAGCGAGUGAUUAUCGAUCAGGACUGGAAUGUAAGCAUGCUAAAAAUUGAACCUACGGUACCAGAAGACACUGGCAUCUAUUCUUGUGAAGCUGAAGGCAUUAAAGUGAUGGCUACACUUGAUGUUCAAGCCAAGAACAGCAUUGUCCAGGGCUUGGAGAAUGUGGAAACUGUGGAAGGAGGGGAAGCCCUGUUUGAAUGUUAUCUUUCCAAGCCUGAGUGCUACAAUUACAACUGGUUGAUUGAUGAUGAACCUGCCAAAACUACAGAAAACACUGAAAUGGUUUACUUUGAAAAUGGGCUCAGGCAUCUCCUGCUGCUGAAGAACCUAACUCCCCGGGACAGCUGCAGGGUGACUUUUAUGUGCAGCGAUGCAGUGACCUCAGCCUUCCUGACAGUGAAAGAAUGGCGCCUACAGAUCUUGCAGCCUCUCACAGACGUAGAAGUCCCUCUGGGGGAGAAAGCUACAUUUAGUUGCGUUCUAAGUGAAGCUGUGCCAAUUACUGAAGUUGCCUGGUAUUGUAAUGAUGUAGAGAUCCAGUCAGAUGAGGACUGGGAGGUACAAGCAGAUGGAAACAAAUACAAACUUAUCCUGAAAAAUGCCCAACCUCAUCAUACUGGAGAGGUGACUUUUGCUUCAAGGGAAGCAAUUGCAUCAGCCAAGUUAUCUGUGAUAGCCCACCCCGAUCCACCUGAAGAACCAGAAGUUUUAAGUAAGAACAGCCACUCUGUAACUCUGUCUUGGUACAAGCCGUUGAACGAUGGCGGUUGUGACAUCCUAGGCUACAAUGUGGAGAAGAAAAUCCCAGGUAUUGGCUGGCAGUCAUGCAGCAAGGGCAUUAUUCAGAACACGGAGUUUAUGGUGGACAAUCUCACACCAGGUGAACCCUACAGAUUCCGCGUCUCGGCUAUAAACAAAGUUGGGGCCAGUGAGCCGGUGCACUUCCCUCAGAUGGUGCAGCUAGAGCCUCCAGUUACAGUCACCCAUCCUUUAGUGGGAGGAUCAGUCUCAGAAGGAGAGGUGGCUCGCUUGGAGUGCAAAUUAUCAAGUGAAACUGAAAAGAAAGUUACAUGGUUCAAAGGAAAAGAACAAAUACAAGCUGGAGGGAGAUAUGAGAUCCUCUCCGAUGGAAAAAAGCAGAUACUCAUUAUUCAUGCAUUUAAACCUGAAGAUCAGGACACGUAUACCUGCAUGGUUUCUCCAGAAGUCAAAUCUGUUGCCAGCUUGUGUCUUGAUGUUCCCACAGUGUCAAUGCUUAAAGAGAUUGCCGGGGAAGCACCCCCUAUAAGUCAACCAGAAGAGCUGGUGGAUGGCCAUGUCCAGCCCAGCUUGCCCCCUGAGGCUGCUCAGGAGGGAGAUCUUCACCUUCUGUGGGAAGCCCUGGCCAAGAAACGCCGGAUGAGCCGGGAGCCCACCCUGGAUUCCAUCAGCGAGGUGCCUGAAGAGGAUGAGAAGCUUCAGAAGUUGAGGAAGGAGGAGGCGGAGAUGUCUCACUAUUACUCAGAGGAGUACUCCACAUGUGAUGAGCUGGCUAGGACAGGAGAAGCAGAUUUCUCUUUCACAAGCUCAGAUGAUGAGUCUAGAGCUGGGACUCCUUCACUAGUAAACUACCUCAAGAAGGCUGGAAAAACGAGUAUCAGUGUUACUAGCAAGGUUCAGUCCAUCUCCACAGGCAAAUUAUGGAAACAGUGGGAAGAAUCCAGUGUGGAGACUGUUCUGGCUGCCCCAGCUGCUAAGCCAUCUGAACCAGAAAUGCCAGAUUUAGAUGACCCUUCCAUGAACAAGGCCGCUGUGAAGAUCCAAGCUGCUUUCAAAGGCUACAAAGUCAGGAAAGAGAUCAAGCAACAAGAGUGCCCAGUGUUUACUGAGACCUUCAAAGAUUUCUCUGGUGAGCCUGGAAGCACUCUCCACCUGGAGUGUGUGGCCCACAGCAAAAGUGACAUGAAAGUCCGUUGGCUGAAAGAUGGGGAAGAGCUUUCAGAUGGUCGCUACUAUCACAUAGACAAUUACACUGAUGGGACCUGCUCUUUGAUUAUCACUGGCCUGGACAGGAAAGAUGCAGGUAAAUACACCUGUGAGGCAUCCAAUAAAUUUGGCAAGGUUUCACACAGUGCUAAGGUGGUUAUUGGCACUCAGGAACCUCACAUUCUUCAUAAGGAGGAGCAGAUUAAACAAAGCACUGACAGUGAGACAGAGAGCUCGUCUGGCAGCGAGCUGGAUGAUGCUUUCCGUAAAGCAGCAAGGAGACUUAAUAGACUCUUCAGGGCCAAGAUCUCAACCGAAAUAUCUGAUGUGGAGGAAGAGCUCUUUGUCAGUGCAGAUGAAGGUGACAUAGAUGUGGUUGACCAUCAGACGUAUCGUGAGGAUGACCAGUACAUCUACAUCAAGUUUGAAAUAUUAUCUGAGGCAAAAACUGCUGCCACUCGAUUCAGAGAGAUGUUUGGUGCUCUGGGAAUUCCUGUGGAGAUUGACAUUUUGGAACAAAGCCCUAAAAAAGUUGAAUUGCGUAUUGGGAAAGCCACACCACCCACCCAUGGGAAGUUUGCACCACCACUAGCGAGACCUCCACCACCUUUGCUGACUUCUGAUACAGCUCCUGUGUUCCUGACUGAGCUCCAAAACCAAGAGGUACAAGAUGGAUAUCCAGUCAGCUUUGACUGCAUCGUUGUUGGCAAACCGCUUCCCACGGUUCGCUGGUUCAAGGAUGGGAAAGCUAUUGAAGAAAAUGAUCAUUACAUGAUCAAUGAGGACCAGGAGGGGUGCCAUCAGCUGAUCAUCACAGCCGUAGUCCCCACUGACAUGGGUGUUUACCGUUGCCUUGCUGAAAACAAUAUGGGAGUUGCUUCAACCAAGGCUGAGCUUCGAGUGGACUUAACCAGCACUGACUAUGAGACAGCAGCAGAUGCAACAGAGACAUCUUCUUACUACAGUGCCAAAGAAUACAUUUCAAGCCGAGAACAGGAGGAAUCUACCACUGAGGAGGAGCAAUUGCCUCAGAUCUUUGAUGAGCUUCAUGAUAUUCAUGUGGCACCUGGAGCAUCACUGGCUAAAUUUCACCUGAAGGUGAAAGGGUACCCACAGCCACGUCUCUAUUGGUUCAAAAACGGACAGCCAUUAAAGGCCUCAGAUCGCAUUCUGAAGACUGAUAAACAGGAAUUCCACUCACUGGAAAUUCGCGAUGUCACUAAGGCAGAUGCUGGCCACUACUCAACAUUCGUCAUCAACUCUGCUGGUUCUGCAUAUUCAUCAGCAAGGCUGGUAGUCAAAGAUCCUGAUGAGAAAGAAGAGCCAUCAGAAACAGAUUCCCGUGAGCAGCUGAUACCACCAAAGUUCUUAGAAAGAUUUACUAAUAAAAAGGUGAAAAAAGGUGCAAGCAUCACAUUAUCUGUAAAAGUUGAAGGAUAUCCACCACCAACUAUUACUUGGCUGAAAGAAGAGUCUCGGGAAGACAUCCUGUGGAUCAAACCAGAAACUCCUGGGUAUAAACUUGCCAGUUCAAAUAUGCAUCACAGUCUAAUCCUGUUGGAUGUCAAAAGGAAGUACAGUGGAGCUUAUACGUGCAUUGCUACCAACAAGGCUGGCCAGUCCAUCUGCACCGCCACUGUGGAAGUUUCAGAUGUGAAAGAGGCUGAAGUUCUGACCCAGGAGCGUGUUAUGGUGUCAGAAGCCAUCAUGACCACACUGGGGUAAGUGCACCAUGGAGAUGGAGACUUUGAAGCUGGUAGAGAAGGCGUACCCAAAAGUCCUAUUUCGUUAGCUGAUGUUGGCUCAGAAGAGUUCUUUCAGAAACUCACUUCACAUAUCUCAGAAAUGGUAUCUGCAAAACUAAAUCAGGCUACACUUCGAGUGCCAGGUGCAGAAAGUGAUGAUGAGUCAAAAACACCCUCUGCAUCGCCUCGCCAUGGACGAUCCAGACCUUCAUCCAUUGUUCAGGAGUCCUCCUCUGAAUCUGAAGAUGGGGAUUCCAGAGGAGAGAUCUUUGACGUCUACAUGGUCACAGCUGACUAUUCGCCUGCUGCACCUGACAAGGAGGCCAUCACUUUGAAGGAAGGCCAAUAUGUAGAAGUCCUCGAUUCAGCUCAUCCUCUGAAAUGGCUGGUCAGGACCAAACCCACAAAAUCUAGCCCCUCUAGACAGGGUUGGGUAUCUCCAGCUUACCUGGACAAGAAAUUAAAGUUGUCACCAGAGUGGGGAACAACAGAAGUUCCCGAGUUCCCUGGAGAAUUUGUUUCUGAAGAUGAAUAUAAAAGGAAGCUAAGUGUUCUUAUUCAAGAGCUGUUGAUCUCAGAAGAGGAUUACAUUCAAGAUCUACAGUUCCUCCUGACUCACCACCUUAAGUACACUGAGACCUGUUCCAAUGUCCCAGGAGCUGUUGCCAGUCAGAAAUCCACCAUCUUCAGAAAUAUUGAUGACAUUGCUCACUUCCAUUCCAGGGUCUUUCUCCGAGGCUUGCAGAAAUGUGACACUGAUGAUGAUGUGGCCAUGUGCUUUAUCAAGCAUGAAGCAGAGUUUAAUAAGUACAUCCAGUACCUGGUGGGGAGGGUACAGGCUGAGUCAAUUGUUGUCAGCAAAGCUGUCCAGGAUUUCUAUAAGAGAUACACAGAUGAAAUUUUAACUAAUGAAGAUCCUUCACAGCCACUUAUCCCACCACUGCAGCACUACCUGGAAAAACCCAUAACCAGGAUCCAGCAGUAUCAGACUAUAAUCAAGGAAUUAAUCAGAAACAAAGCAAGAAACAGCCAAAACUGCACUUUGCUGGAGCAGGCUUAUGCCAUUGUGUCUGCACUCACCCGAAGAGCAGAAAACAACCUCCAUGUCUCACUCAUUGAGAAUUAUCCGGGCACCCUGGAAAGCCUUGGUGAACCCAUUCGACAGGGCCACUUUGUUGUGUGGGAAGGAGCUCCAGGAGCUAGAAUGGCCUGGAAAGGACACAAAAGACAUGUCUUCCUCUUCAAAAACUACAUUGUGAUCUGCAAACCAAAGCGGGACACAAGGACAGACACCUACAGUUAUAUCUUCAAGAACAUCAUGAAGCUGAACAACAUAGAUGUGAAUGACCUUGUGGAAGGGGAUGACCGGGCAUUUGAGAUCUGGCAUGAACGGGAAGACUUGGUCCGCAAGUACCUUCUUCAGGCACGUACAGUGAAUAUCAAGAACUCCUGGGUGAAGGAGAUCUGUGGCAUACAGCAGCGGAUCAGUGAGCCUCUCUGGAUACCUCCAGACUUCGAGGAAGAGCUGGCAGACUGUACAGCUGAGCUGGGAGAGACAGUCAAGUUGGCCUGCAAAGUUACAGGAGCUCCCAAGCCAUCUGUCAGCUGGUACAAAGAUGGAAAGCCUGUGGAGGUGGAUCCCCAUCACAUUAUAAUAGAAGAUCCUGACGGCUCCUGCACAUUGAUUUUGGACAACCUAACAGGCAUUGACUCAGGACAGUAUAUGUGCUUUGCUUCCAGUCCUGCUGGAAAUGCCAGUACCUUAGGAAAGAUCCUUGUUCAAGUGCCACCACGGUUUGUGAACAAGGUUAGAAAUGCUUAUUUGAUUGAGGGUGAAGAUGCUCAGUUUACCUGUAUGAUUGAAGGAGCACCUAGGCCUCAAAUCAGGUGGUACAAAGAUGGUGUAUUGUUGAAGGACACAAGUAAAUACCAGACUUUCAGUGAACCACGGAGCGGCAUGGUAGUCCUGGUGGUCAAGAACCCUUCCAAUGAAGACAUGGGACAUUAUGAAUGCGAGCUGGUGAACAGAUUAGGGUCUGCAAAAAGUGGGGCAGAACUUUACCAUCACAGUGCUGCAGCCCUGACCCAGGAGAGGAGAGGAGACCAAGCCAUUACUAUAGAAGGAAUGACUUCCCCACAGUCAGAGAUGGAGACUUCUGUCCAGGCCUCGCUUCAGCGUGCUGAUAAGGAGAUCAAGAAAGCUCUAAAGAAACUCGUGGACACGGCAUCAAUGCUGGUGACUCUUCCUCUGGGCAUGCAAGAAGGAACUGAAACAGCAGCUGGGCCCUCGGUAGUAGUUCAUGAAGCCAGUACCCAAACCCAGACUGCUGGAGGGCAUGAAAAAGCACAAAGGCAGAUUCUAGCUGAAGAACCAGGUGUGCCAAAGCCCAGUCCCAGUCCUUCCCAUGAAGAGACAGCUGCUGGAGAGGAAAGCACUCAGGAGCGUACUGUUCCUAUUACCAGAACAUCACCGGAGACAGAAGACUGGUACAGAAGAGAAGGAGAUGUGGUCUGGGAUGUACACAGUGAAGUUUAUAUUGAGACCACGGAAAGAACUUGCGUGUAUAAGACUGAGGAGAAGACCCCAACAAGUCCUCCCUAUAUGCAAGUGACAAUAGAGGAUGUGCAGGUGAAUUCUGGUGAGUGUGCCAAAUUUCAGGCAGUCAUUGAAGGAACCCCUCAGCCCACCGUUUUGUGGUUUAAGGGCACUUCACUGCUGACAGACAGCAACAAGCUCCACCAGGGGAAUGAAGGAACAACAUAUUUCUUAGUCGUGGAUAAUGCUGUCUUGGAAGAUGGUGGUGUUUAUACCUGUGUUGCCAAAAAUGCAGGAGGGGAGGUUUUGUGCAAAGCAGAGCUUAUUGUACGCGAAGCUAAGAAAGACCAAGCAGCGAAGAAAGUGGCCACCAGGAGAAAGCUCCAUUCCCUUUAUGAGGUUAAACAGGAGAUUGGAAGGGGCUGCUUUAGCUUUGUGAAACGAGUUGUGCACAAAGGGAACAGAGUGUCUUGUGCUGCCAAAUUCAUACCUCUGCGAAGCAAAACGAAGGCUCGAGCACAUCAGGAGAGAGAUAUUCUUGCUUCUCUGUCCCAUGACAGAAUUACCAGGCUCCUGGAUCAGUUUGAAACACAGAAAACACUGAUUUUGAUUCUGGAGUUAUGCUCCAGCGAAGAGCUCCUUGAUCGUUUAUUCAAGAAGAGUGUUGUCACUGAAGCAGAGGUUAAAUUGUAUAUCAAGCAAAUUUUGGAAGGAAUCAAAUAUCUUCAUGACAACAACAUCCUUCAUUUGGACAUUAAGCCACUGAAUAUCCUCAUGGUUUAUCCUGAAAGGGAAGACCUUAAGCUCUGUGACUUCGGAUUUGCUCAGAAGGUCACGCCCUUUGAGCCCCAGUUCAGCAAAUACGGGUCCCCAGAGUUUGUUGCUCCAGAAAUUGUUACUCAAUCUCCAGUGUCCAAAGCAACUGAUAUCUGGGCUGUUGGAGUUAUCACAUAUUUAAGCCUAACUUGCAAGUCUCCAUUUGCUGGGGAGAACGACAGAGCAACCCUUCUAAAUAUCCAGAACGGGGAAAUUUCAUGGACCAUUCCUGAUUUUGUUCACUUGACUGAAGAUGCAAAGGACUUUAUGAAAGGGAUCCUACAGCAGCACCCCAAAGCCCGGCCUAGUGCCUUGGACUGUCUUUCACACAAGUGGUUCAUGCAUAAUCUCCCCCUCGAAGCAGCUCAUUUCAUUAAUACAAAGCAGCUCAAGUUCAUUGUGGCUCGGAGCAAGUGGCAGCGGUCUCUGAUGUGCUAUAAGUCCAUACUGGUAAUGCGGUCUAUCCCAGAAAUCCUAGAAAGGACUCAUGAGAACACCUCCCUGGCCAUCUCCCGACAUCUUAUUGAAGAAAGCACUUCAUCCAGUACCAGCGGCUCCUCUUCAGACAACGAAAAUUCCAAUUUCCCCAAGAAGAGGCACUUUGGCUCUACACCCGAACUCCACUUGUCCAUACUUGAUUCACCAAGCCACCAGGAGCCUCCAAAACACGCAAGUGAAGAGAAGCACUCCAAGAUCUCAGUCCCUCCAGUAAAACCCAUAAGGAGGAAGUAUGCUUCAAUGAAAUCUGAGGUGGGGGAAAAAUCACCUACAGAAAGCAAAGAGCUCAUGGCAAGUAUCUUAAAGGAGAAAGAGGAGGGGCUCCAUCCUGGACUUCAAGAUGAAAGAGCCGAGCAGUCCCAAAGAAGUGGUGCUACUGAGCCUUCAUCAGAGAGGACUUCCACAGAAAGCACUUUGCCUCUGUGUCAGAAAGAAAAAACAGAUGUAUUUUUACCUGACAAGGACAGAGUUGAAAAAGCUGAGGAUGGGACAGAAAAGCCACCUGUCUGUGUUCCUAGACAGAGUGUCAUUAAAAGCACUUUCUACAGCCAAGCAGCUGAGCUACCUGCAAGGGGGCCUUCCUCACCAGGCAGGGAGUUCAGGAGGCACCUGGACAGAGCCAGAAGGACUUUCCAGAAGGCUGGAUAUUCAAAGGUGCCCCUCAGUGGUCUCCGUGAACCCCUUCUAGAGCAGUUCGAACUGGAAGAAGAAGAAGAAGGAAAGUCUGAUUAUGGAGGUGAUCACAGGGAAAAUCUGCUUGGUUCCUUGACCAAAUCAGCUUCAUUUGAUACUGCAAGGAAACCACCGCAUCCUGCCAUUGCUGGUGCUAGCCGAAGCCGUUCCCUGGAUGACUACAGGCUGAGAGCCUCAAGAUCAGUGAGGGAAGAAGAUAUUUUGGAAGAAGACUGUGAUGUAUUGUCACAGGAAAGUUGCCCUGCAGGCAGUGGCCACUGCCACAUUUCUGCAGGGCCUGGCAAGGGAUAUUCUGUAGACACUUCAAAGCAAGAGGACUUAAAGAGAGUGAGCAAGGAUUGUUCAGAAGAGAAGCCCCCCCCUUCCACACAGUGUGAGGGUAAUGGGUGUCCAACAGGUUUUGUGCAACAGCUAGAGAGAUUUCCAGUGUCACCUCAUAGGAGUGAGAAUAGGAAACCUUUACUGAAGAAGUCAAAAGCUACUUAUAUUGAGGCAGAAAUUGAUGAUUUGGAAGGCAAAAGCCCCAUUCUAACUGCCCAGCGCUCAGAUGUAGCUGCAUCAUCAGCUCAAAAACAUGAAAGCAUGGAGAGUGAACAUCAGGUGUCCAAGCAGCACCAGGCCUUGUAUCGCAGUGGCAAGGUUUCUGAUGAUCUGGAAGGUGAGCCUCCAGGAGUCUUAACUGCUUCUCAAACACAAGUUGCUCCAGCUUCAGUCUGUGAGCUAGAAUAUAAGGAAUACCCAAAGGUUCACGGUGAGGGUAGAAGUGUCGCCUUAGAAGGUGGAAGCUGUGACACUGGAAAGACUGUCUCACCAUCGCUCCACAGGGAUCAAAGUCAGGAGCUCUCACAUCACAGAUCGUCUUUUUACAGUGAUGAGGAGUCUGCUGCUCUGGAGGGCUUAGUGGAUGAGAUGAUUUCCCUCUCUGAAGAGAUGAACGUUUGGGCAGAUUCAGUUUCUGGCGAGGAGGAAAACAGAAAGCACAUCUCUCCUCCCACAGAAAUGGUCUACCAAGGUAGUCAAAGCCAAGCACCCACAGAAACUUCCUUCCCUUCUGUACAAGGGAGUAAAAGAGGAGAAGUAUCUGAGCUGUACCUUGCAGAACCCUAUCCUGUCAUGGGUGAGGAGUCAGUGGCACUGGAAGGGCAGGGAGCACAGAUGGUUCCUCAUGAAUGUGAGCAUCUGGAGGACUUGGCAUUUGAGAGCGCCACUUCUAGCCAAGCAAGUGUUUCCUCAACGGAUAGCUUGGACACUGGAAAAAGACACAGUCAAGUGUCAGUGAUCCAGGACACUGUUAAACAUCCAGAAGUUUCUUUAGUGAAAAUCAAAGACCUGUCAGACGAAACACCCAGCCUUGGCAGUGGAACUCCGAAAUUUGACAUAUCAGAGGUAGAGCCUGCCUAUUUGAAUUUCUCUGACUUGUAUGACAUUGUCUAUUUUCCAUUUGAAUUUAUGAACUAUAGGAAGGCUCCACCCAAACCAACUGGUAGACGGUUUAUACCUUUUGGUGAAAGGGCAAGGUCCCCUCCUGCAGGACAUUUGCAUAAGGAUAAAAGACUGUGCAUCAGAGAACAGGCAGAGGACAAGAACAGGAAGAACCAUUUGGAAAUAUGUGAGGAUUCAAAGGCAACUAACUUCUUAGCCACAGGGAAAGGGUCACAGAGUCAUAAAGAAAUGUAUGGCCCCCAAAAAGACUCAAGUGGUAAGCAGAAAAGCUCUGUCUACAGCAAGCCAGGACUCUUUAAGCCAUAUGCAAGGUCUCAUUCAGUGGAGCAGUCAGUGGAGCAGAGUCUGAAGAAGAAAGUAAAAGCUUCUGUCGCCCAUAUUUCAAGAAUCCUAAAAGGAAAGAUAUCUCCUGAACCAGAGGCAGGGGAAGAGUUUGGUGAGCUGGGAAGUGAGGCAGUAGAAAAAGAGCUGUUAACAGGGGCUGAAGGAUCCCUGAAGAGGAAAUCAGCACUCUCUUCAUUCAAGUUACCAAGCCUCAUGCCAAAGGAGAAAGCACCACUGUUCAUUGAGGAGCUCAUGGAUCAGGCUGCUGCCGUCGGACAGUGCGUGACGCUGUCGUGCCGGACUGCAGCUCACUCCCCCCUGCACAUCGACUGGUUCAGAGAUGGGACACCUGUCCAAAGCAGCAGCCGGAUCCUCAUCUCAAGUACUCUCAAAAACUUCCAGCUGUUAACUGUUCUCUCUGUUAGUGCUGAUGAUUUUGGCGUUUACACCUGUGUGGCCACAAACUCCCUAGGCUCAGCAUCCACCUCCUGCAUCAUAAGAAAAGCAGAGGUUCCUCCCAGCCCUCCACCCCCUGACAUUGUGGAGGUCUACAAGGAUGGAGUGCAGAUGGUCUGGAGACCUGUGGAAAUGAAUACCCCCGUCCAUUACAGUGUCCAGUGCAAGAGCGAAGAUGGGGAAUGGACGACUCUUGCUUCUGACAUUGCUGACUGCUGCUACAAAGCCAAAAAUCUCUCCAAGGGGUUUAUCUACUGCUUCAGGAUAGCCUGCACCAGUAAAGCAGGAAUAAGCCCUUACAGUGACCCAUCUGCCAAAGUGAAAAUCACUGGGAAGGAUCAAAUGGAGCUCCAUGCUGCAAUGCAGAGCUUCCCAUCAGCUACUAUUGAAGAUGAGAGUGAAAUAAUCGCACCAUCCGAGCCUUUCCCAACCUACCAGACCUACGCCUUCCAAACGGAGAUCAAAAGGGGGCGUUUCAGCAUCGUCCGACAAUGCAGGGAAAAAGAAAGCGGCAAGACUUUAGCUGCUAAAAUUAUCCCUUACUGGCAAGAGGACAAGCAGAAUGUGCUCCUGGAGUACCAAGUCCUGAGGAAGCUUCAUCAUACAAACAUUGCUCAGCUGAAGGGAGCCUACAUCAGCCCACGGCACUUAGUGUUGAUCCAGGAGAUGUGUGUGGGACCAGAGCUACUCCACUCUUUGGCAUUACGGACAUCAUACUCAGAAGUGGAGGUCCGAGAUUACCUGUGGCAGAUCCUCAGUGCCAUUGAGUACCUCCAUGCACACAGCAUCCUACAUUUGGAUCUCAGGUCUGAAAACAUGAUCAUCACUGAGCCCAACCUGCUGAAACUCCUGGAUUUUGGCAAUGCACAGUUCUACACACAAGACAAAGUUAUUACCAUGGACAAGUGCAUGGAUUAUGUUGAAACCAUGGCUCCAGAACUGCUGACAGAGCAAGGAGCCCUCCCACAAACUGAUAUCUGGUCCGUUGGAAUCACAGCCUUCAUCAUGCUGAGUGCCAACUACCCUGUCAGCUCCGACGCAGCCUGCGAGUUUCUGAGAAUGGCCAGGAAGGGUAAAGUGAAGCUCACGCGGUGCUAUGCGGGUCUCUCUGGGGGAGCAGUGUCCUUCCUCCAGAGCACGCUGUGUGCAAACCCCUGGGGAAGGCCAUCAGCCUCAGAGUGCCUUCAGAGCCCAUGGCUCCAGGAGACAGGCUUGGACAACAGGCAGCAAGCACUGGUGACCUUCCCCACUACCAAACUGAGGAAUUUCCUCACUGAACGGGAAAAGAAAAGGGGCCUGCUGUGCUCCAAGUAUGGCCUCAUGAUUGCACAGUGAUAGGGAUGCGGCGACAAACGUGAAUUGUCUCCCUCUCCCCUUCUGCACUUAGUCUUUGGUACCAAAUAGUCCUGCCAAGUUGCUGUGCAUUGCCUGAGCUGGGGUAACUACUCUCUGCGAAUGAGAUUUAACAUAAUUGAGCAAAUUAAUCUAUAUAUUUGCACUGCCAAAAAGUAAGAACAGAAAUACAGACUGUUAACAUGGCUCAGCUGACCAACCGUAACUUGACAGUACGUGUGUCAUGCUCCCUGGCAUAACCAGGGAAGGUUUCUGAAUGGGACUAGCCACCAGCCCCAAGCAGCUUUGCAACCCCUUCCCUGAGGUCAGAAAGACCCCAUGUGCGCAAGUGGUGGGCCCUGGCUUCUGUCUCUGGCCUCAGACGAGAUAACGCUUCCAGAUGUGGCUCAUGCCACUGCAGCAAGGUCUGAGUGACUGGUGCGUUUCUCACCUGCCUCCAAUCCAAAAGAAUUCAAUGACCAGUUAUGAAGGGAAAACAGGGAAGAGUGAAGCACUUUUGGGGAGCUAACAUUAAGACAGCAAUGUGUUUUCAGGCUUUGGAUGUAGACAUACAACUACAUAAAGCCCUGAGCAACAUGGCCUGAGCUGACAGCUUACCUUGCUUUGAGCAGAAGGUUGGUCUAGAGACCUCCUGAGCUCUCUCCCAACCUGACUUGUCCCAUG